UUUUUGUUCCUUUUUUUAAUUUUUUGUUUGCCAAAAAUAACUGGUCAUAUUUUACAUUUGUGUUUUAAAUAUUGGACAAUGACAUCAAUGUAAAAAUCUUUAGUUAGUAUACUUUUUUCUUUUUAUAUAUUAAGUACAAAAACAUUUGGCAUAUAGUGAUUACAUAUGAGGAACACCUUGGAAAUAAUAGGCUGAACAUGUUUUCUUUACCAAACAUUUCUUAUACCGAUGAGUCUAACAAAGUAUUCUAAAGCAUUCCUAUAAGAUGAUGUUGGUGCACACUGACAUGAUAGCAUGCUGCAGCUGCUGUUGAACUGAUAUCUGAUAACCUUGAAGACCAUCCGACUACAGCAAACCCAUUGUCCAUUUUCAGCCAAUCAUUUUGGGAUCACAUUGUGCAUCAUCCUGCCACCAUAGAAUGGCUGCAUUGUACUCACAAAGAAUAGGAGCAGGUUUUAGUGUUGAAACUAUUCUUGAUGGACCUGGAAUAUGGCAACAGAAAAAAAAUAUCUCCAUGCAAUUCACCAACAUAAACUGCAAAUGUUGUUAAGGCUUUAAUUUAUGCCCUCUUAAGAUCAGACACCUUUUUUUCCAGUCUUCCAUUGUUUUAGUCCUGUGUUAACUGUAGUGUCAGCUUCAUCAGUCUAAAGGUUUAGUUACCUGAGAGUAAACCCCUGUAUGAGGAGGUCCAGCAGGUCCACUCAGUCAGGGUCAGAAGCACUGUAUCAAAGGGGGAACUAACACCCCUGAGUAUUUUAUUUUUAUUUUAUUUAACUAGGAAAGUCCCAUUGAGAUUAAAAAACUCUUUUUUAAGGGAGUCCUGGCCAAGCGGCAGCAGCGACUAAAAUACAGUUACAUAAUUACAAAGAGCAAAAUAACAUGAAAUAACAAACCAAUUAUGAAAAACAAGUGCAUGUUUUGGAGUCAGCCUCGAGACCUCUCAGUUUAACUUUAAAAGCAUUCAAGGAAAUCCACUCUGUCAACUUCCAGUCCUUCUGCAACAUGUUCCAUGCAUAAGGUGCAGAGGUUCGGUGCGAGCAACUGGAACAGAGAGCAACACAUGAUCAUGUGAACGAAGAGAAUAAAAAUCAGCCCUUCUCUGUGACAGUAAGGAACAGAUGUAGGUCGGCAGUAGUCCAAGCAGUGCCUUUUAAAUGAAAGUGUACCAAUGAGUCCUCCUCCGUAUGGCCAGGGCAGGCCAACCCACUCGAGAAUACAACUCACAGUGAUAUUUCCCACCUAGGUUCAAUGCUGUAGGACUUGACCCAGCAACCCUGUACCCGGAGAUCCAUCCAUGUCGUAGUGUACUCAAACGAGCUCCUGCGAUGAUGUUCAAACGUUCAAACUGAAGCAUGUUAACCACGGCUGUGGCUGUGAUGUAACUGAGUCAUGUAGUAGACAUGCACAAUGAUUGUUCUGCUUCCCUUUUGAGCAUCUAAACUCAACACUGUUUUGAUUUUCCCUAAAGCCAUUUUGUCUUUGCCAGAAAUUGUGGUAGAAAUUAGGGGCAUCAUUUAAGGGUCAUAGUAAUUCCAUGAAGUGACUUUUUGUGAACGCCUGACCUCCAUCAGCAGAAAUCAUUUAUAUCCUUCAUGGGACAAUGAGGCUUUUAAUUUUGACGAAUGAAUUGAAGCUGCAGUUACGAAAUUAGGAGAUUUGCCCCCCAGGUGUCUUUCAGGGUCACUUUGCUCCGCUGUUCAUUAACUAAAACAUACACAGCUUUUGUCACCCUCAUCAACACCUCCCUCCCACUUUCAAGAUUUGCUCAGAGUCAGCAUGUGAUGGCAGCAGGCUAGAACUCCAGGAGAAACUUGGUUCAUCCUUGUGCUGCUCCAGUCAUGGGCUUUUCCCUCUACCUCCUUACUUUGCAUCUUCUUCUCUCUCAGUGCAAAGCUCAGUGGUGUUACCAGCGACAGUACUGCGAUGACACAUGCAAAGACCCAAGCAGCUGGGAAACUGAGUUUCCCCGUUGUGGAGGAUUGCACCAGUCUCCAAUCAACAUUGUCACUAGAAAAGUGCAUGUGACCAACAACCUGCCACCCCUUAUCUUCAUCGGUUAUACUGACAUUAUCAACAUUACUGUGGAAAACAAGGGACACUCAGCUCAUUUUGCCCUGCCUCCAUCAGUGCGACUGACAGGAGGAGCUCUGCCCGGUUACUACCGAGCAGCCCAGUUCCACUUCCACUGGGGAGGGAAGGGGAGGCCGGGGUCAGAGCACACUAUUGACGGAGAAAGAUUCCCCAUGGAGCUGCACAUAGUCCACAUUAAGGAGCCGUACAGCUCUCUGGCAGAGGCACAGCAUGACAUGGCGGGCAUAGCUCUACUGGCCUUCCUGUUUGAGGAAACAACAGACAAUCAUCCUCAUUUGGACACAGUCAUAGCUGCUUUAGGCCUUGUACAAAACAACGGGAGCACCACAGUCAUCCCAAACUUCCGUCUCAGUGACAUCAUCCCACCAGCGAGUGACCUUCACCAUUACUAUCGCUAUGUGGGCUCCAUGACCACUCCGGGAUGUGAGCAUGCAGUGGCCUGGACUGUGUUCCAUCGAACCCUGUCCAUCAGCAGUCGACAAUUGGAUGCCAUUAUUAAGCAAUGUCGAUUCUGGACAGGAUUGCCAAUGACAGACAUCUACAGACCCACACAGCCUCUGGACGGCAGAAUAGUGUACAGCACUAACUCAGGAACAGCUCCGAAGAGCGUCAUCCACCUGUGGAACAGUUUUUUUUUAGCUGUGCUUCUGACAUCAGCGCUGACACAAUAAAUGGUCAAAGGGAAAACGCUAAGACCUCCGAUGGAAUGGUGCCUCCAAGAUUUACCUAGGAAAAGUCACAAUGCUGCACAUUUUGUGACACACAUUCUAAAAUGGUAUGCCUCUGUCAAACAUUAAAAGCAAUGUAAAAAAAAACAAAUUCAUGUUGAUAACUGACAUGUAUGUAGUUUAGGGAUGUGGUUUAGUCACUUUCUAGUAGUGUGAGAAGUGAACAGCUCUUUCAUUUUAAGCAUCAAGAUUUAACUCAAACUAGUUAUACUGAAGAUUGAAUUUGCUAUUAACACACUUCCUUAUGUUAUCCUCUCUCUUUAAGGUUUUAUACAAAUACUGAUGCUUUCAGAUUUGAUUUUUCUAUAACGUAAAGAAUAAAAAAACAUCUAAAGUUUC